GGCUCGCUCCCCGCCCCCUCCGCGCCCGCCGUCAUCGCGGUGGGUUCAGCCCCUCACCUAGCCCGCUCGCAGCCACCCGGGGCUUAGCUCGCCCAGUCCGGUGGCUCCAGUCCGGAUCUCGCUGCUGCCGACCCGGGUAGGAGUUCCAGCUGCCGGGGAGGCGGCGGCGGCUGGCCCGGCUCCCCUCGGCCGCCUCGCCAGCCUGCAGUUGGCCGGGAGGGAGCAGCUGGGUAGCCCCCCGGAGCCCCUCGGAGGACAAUGCACCCAGCGCUCGGCAACCCCCGCUCGGUCUCGACCUCGUCCGGCUCCUUCCCCCAGCCCCCCGCCGCCGCCCGGCUGCAGCCCCUCUUCCUCCGGGGGGCGUCCUCCCGCGGCCGGAGAGGUUCGGCCGACAGCAGCACCAGCACCAGCACCAGCCGGGGGGGAGGCGGCGGCAGACGCGGCGGGGGCGGCGGCGGCGGCUCCCCCAGCAGCAGCACCGGCGCGGAGCGAGAGGACGACGACGAGAGCAUCAGCAUCAGCAAGCCGCUGGUGCCGGCUGCCGCCUCCGGGCUCCAGGGGCCCCCGGCUCAGGGGGGCGCCCCAGCCGCCAACCCAGCGCCCGCCGCUUUCUCCUCCUCGGUCGCCACCUCCUCCUCCAGCUCCACGCCCACCUCCUCCUGCAGCAUGACAGCCGCGGACUUUGGCGGGGGCGCUGCGGUCGGGGCCGUCGGGGGCUCCGGGGGCCGCUCGGCUGGGGGCGCGGGCGGCCCCGGGACCGGCAGCGGCACCUCCUGCUGUUCGUGUUGCUGCUGCUGUGGCCGCCCAGCCCGCCCGGGCCGCAGGGGUCGGCGCCGCGGCUGCGCCCCCAGCCCGGGGUGCCGCUGGGGCUACCAGGCGCUGUCCGUGGUGCUGCUGCUGGCGCAGGGCGGUCUGCUGGACCUGUACCUCAUCGCCGUCACCGACCUGUACUGGUGCUCCUGGAUCGCCACCGACCUGGUGGUGGUGGUGGGCUGGGCCAUCUUCUUCGCCAAGAACAGCCGGGGCCGUCGGGGCGGCGCGGCGAGCGGCGCGCACAACCACCACCAGCACCACCACCACGCCGCGCCCACGCUGCACCUGCCCGCCCCAUCGGCAGCCUCCGCCGGGGCUGCGGCCGGGGCCAAGGCACGCGGCGGCCGCGGGGGCGCGGGCGGCCCGGGGGGCGGCCCGGGGACUGCUGGGGCGGCGGGCGAGUUCGCCUUCGCUUACCUGGCCUGGCUCAUCUACUCCAUCGCCUUCACGCCCAAGGUGGUGCUCAUCCUGGGCACGUCCAUUCUGGACCUCAUCGAGCUGCGCGCGCCCUUCGGCACCAUGGGCUUCCGUCUCACCAUGGCGCUAUCCGUGCCCCUGCUCUACAGCCUGGUGCGGGCCAUCAGCGAGGCGGGCGCCCCGCCUGGCUCGGCGGGACCUCUGCUCCUGCAGCCCCAGCAGCACCGCGCCGCCGGCUGCUUCCUGGGCACGUGUCUGGACCUGCUCGACAGCUUCACCCUGGUGGAGCUGAUGCUGGAGGGCCGCGUGCCACUACCCGCGCACCUGCGCUACCUGCUCAUCGCUGUGUACUUUCUCACCCUCGCCUCGCCGGUGCUCUGGCUCUACGAGCUCAACGCCGCCGCGGCAGCUUCGUCCUGGGGCCAGGCCUCGGGUCCAGGUAGCUGCAGCCGCCUUCUGCGCCUGCUGGGCGGCUGCCUAGUAGACGUGCCCUUGCUGGCGCUGCGCUGCCUCCUGGUGGUGAGCUACCAGCAGCCCCUCUCCAUCUUCAUGCUCAAGAACCUCUUCUUCCUUGGCUGCCGCGGCCUGGAGGCCCUGGAGGGCUGUUGGGACCGGGGGAGUCGGGCCUCCCCCAGUCGGGCCAGAGGGGGCUACGGCGGUCCGCCCUCUGCCCCGCCGCCACCGCUGCCACCUCAGGGAGGCUCCCAGCUCGGCCACUGCAUCUCGGAGAACGAGGGGGGUGCCCAUGGCUAUGUCAACACCCUGGCUGUGGCCUCCCAGAAUUGAGGGAGAUAAGGGAAGGGGGCUUGAUUUGGGGUUGAGAGACCCCAGCUCCCUUGUCCUCUGACCUUUCUCUCACCCAGAUUUGAUCAGGCUGUGUUUGGGAGAGGUAACUGUUAAUAGGGCUAAGGGCCAGUGUGUCCUUCUGCACCUCUUGAGUCAAGACUGCUUGGAGGGAGACCAAGUAGCUAAUGGUGAGGGAGGAAAGUCCACGUCCCCUCGUAUCCCUUCUCCAUGCCCUACUCUGACUCGCCUCCAAAGGCCUGGGUACCUCUUCUUCUUGUGUUUCCCGCCUCCAUGCAAAUUCCUAUCCAGUGUAGGUGACAAUGGAAGGAAGGGGGUGCCCAGGCAGGCGGUCAGGGGCCUUGGGCCCUCCCCCUUGCUUGGAAGUACCAGCUUUUAGGCUCUGGUAAGUGGUCGUUGUCCCAACACUUUGAAAUUGACCCAGAAUGCUCGGUUACCCUGAUGUGUCUAUUGGAUUCCUUCCAGGUGGUGGAUGCAAAGUCUACGUGUGUGUGUUGUUGUUGUUUUCUGUGUCCACCCUGUGGCCCGUUGCAAUCAGUAGGAGAUCUGGGGGUGCCCUGCCCACCGCACAGACCACCACCCUCCUUGUUCCUACCUGAAUUUGUGGCCAUGAAUUCCCAGAAGGAGCUGGGCUUCUGGGAGCUGCCCAGUUGUUCUCCUGCAAGGGAGAAGCUCACCUAGAAUCUUCCUCAAUCCCACUCCUCUCUUCCCAGCUUAUGGGAAGGAGAGGAUUCGUACUCUAGGGACCAAACUGCACCCUUUUUUGGGUGAGUGAGCAUUUCUACCUCCGUGCUUUCAACUUUUGUUGCAUCAUGCACUGAUGCUGCUUGCAAAAAUAAAGACAAAAUACUCAGAAAUUGCAUUCAACAUGGCUGCUAGAUGCAGCUGGGGCUUGGUGCCAGUGUUAUUACAGGGUCUGUGGAGUAUUAGCCAUUGGCUUGCCCUCCCUUUGUCCCUUCCUCUGCACCUGGAUCUCUCAUCCUUCCUGAAGUUUGUUGCUGGCUGGGUCAGAUCUUGGCUCAGAACAACAGCUUUGGUGGGGUUCCUGGAUGGAUGUGAAGGUGGGCCUCCUGUGGGCCCAAGGGAGUAGGAAACCCAACUGCCCAUCUGUCCUUCCUCUAGGAAGCUUGGUGUAGAUCAGAAGGGGUAGUGGUGACCUUUCUCCUCUGCCCUGGUUAAGAGAAUCUCUAGGGAAAGGCAGGCUGCAUGGAUUAGGGUGGCUAACUCCCCUCCCCCAGCCUUCCUCCCUGGUAUUCCUGUUGCUGAGCUUGAUGACAAGGGACAUCCAGGCAUUGCCCACUUACAGUCUUGAUGUGGGACAUCACUUUUGGAAUAUUUAAGGCAGGAUAAUUAUGUUUAGGGGAGGGAAGAGUGCAGGAAGACAGCUGGCAGCAGGAAAUCCUGCCUUUUCUUCACCCUGCCAUAGGCUGCCGGGGUGGGGAGGGAAUUGUAAGAAGUUUUGUUUCCCUUCUCUCUUCCCAUGCUCGGGCAGUUGUGUGUGGUGUAAUAAGCUUGGACAAAGGCCCAGAUGUCAUGGGCACUGUUGCUCACUAGCUUUGAGUGACACAUUACGCUUGCUUUCUGGGCCGCGGGUCUCGCUUGGGGCCCCUCUCUCCCAGGUUCUCUGGGGGCUUGUUGACAGAAGUUGUCCAUGUAGACAGAGACAUAAGAGGGGCUGAUGGCUUGACCAGAGUUCUCUGGAGCCUCCCACUACUCUCAGAGUGGGGAACAAUGGGGGGAAAAUGUUCACACUCAAAGCACAAUUUGUGCUCUCAGCCCCUCAUCCUCCUAGGUCCAGUAAUUAGCUGGUUGGAUUUCACAGCUAACUGGGUUUUUUCUGCCUUCUCUCCUUCUCUCUCCUGACUCCUCUUCUCUCCCUUUGAACUCCAUGUGCUCAAAGUUCCGGGGCCCAGGCCUUGGGUGGGUCCCACUAGCUCCUCCCUCUGUUCCCACACCCUCUCUCCAGCUUUGCUGUUUCUCUGCUACCUAAUCUCAGUGACUGUGAAGGACUUUAUGUCUGAGCCAUGGCCAGCACGUGGCUGGCCCCCGUCCACGUCCUCGCUACUGUUAGGAUGGCGGUCUCCCUGCUGAGUGACUGUGAAAGCUCUGAGUACUGUUGGGUUUCUGCUGGGAGGCUGUGAUAGGUUCUAGUGAGCUGCCACUUCCCUAGGUAAGUUGAGAGACUGAUGGCCACCAGGCUAAUUCUGGCGGAGGCCAGGCCUGUUCAGGCCCUGUCUUCUGGCCCUCAAAUCACCCCUGGACAUCCUCUUUCAAACAUUUGGUGCCAGUAAUUUGUGCUCAGGGAGUCAGUCCCUUCCUUCUGGUGUGUUUUUCUUGAGUCCUUUUACUUACUUCCCUUGGCCUGUUCACAAGAAACGUCCCCUAAAGCUUCACUUUCCUUGCUUUUUAGGGGCACCUGUAGUGCAGGGGUCAAUCUGGAGAUGUCCCUGUGGGUCUAAUACCUGCACAUACGCUGUUUCCUGAGGCUCAUGCCUGCAGCACCAUUCACAGAAAAGAACCCUGGGCUCAGCAUCCAGACUGCCUGCCCCUGACAUGUGUGCAAGCAAGACGUGUCCUCGAUCUGAGCCUCUGGCUCCUUACCUGUUCUGGAAAGGGGUUGGACUAGGCCUUAGCUAAAGACCGUUAGGAUCAAACGCCCUGGUUCUGAUUCCAUGUGCUUCUGCGGGAGAGAGUGGGCUGACAGUUAGAACCUGGAGGAGGGGAAGUGGCACCUCACUGGCAUUUAUCACGUUUCCCCCCGCCCCUUCUCUUUUUAAAAAUAAAACCAGACUCUGUUCUGAAAAUAAAAGACUUGAGACUUGU